CUUUUGUUUCUAUAAUUUGGUUGCUUUUUUUCUUUCUUCUUUUCAAGUACCACCACCAUCACUCACAUUACCCCAGAAAAGCAAAUUAAUUAGGGAAAAUUCAUAAAUUCCGACCAAUCAAAACCCACCACUUUCUUCCAUUUUUCAUCCUAAAUGAGCUACGAUCGGAAAGUCCUUUUCUUGUCUUUUGCAACUAGGGUUUGUUUCAAUGGUUCCUUCCUGAUGUCAUUUUUUUAUAGUAUUUGAUUCUGCUGGCAUACUUCGGAAAGCAGAAAACAGGUUUAGAUAAAUUAUUGUCCAAUAUGACGAGACAAAAGAUUGAGAUAAAGAAGAUAGACAACACUGCCGCGAGGCAGGUGACUUUCUCGAAGAGGAGAAGAGGGCUUUUCAAGAAAGCUCAUGAGCUUUCCACUCUGUGCGAUGCUGAGAUAGCUCUUCUGGUGUUUUCAGCCACCGGCAAGCUCUUUGAGUACUCCAGCACCAGUACGAGGCAGGUGAUUCAAAGGCGUGGUUUACUACCGGAAAGGAUUGACAAAUUGGAUUCAACUCCAUCACUUGAUCUGCAGCUCGAAAGCGCCACACGUAACAUGUUGAGCAAGGAAGUUGCAGAAAAGACCCGAGAACUGAGACAGCUGAGGGGAGAAGAACUCGAAGGAUUAAACCUUGAAGAGUUGAAACAUCUAGAGAAAUUACUCAAAACUGGCCUAACCCGAGUCACAGAAACAAAGGAUGAUCGAUUUUUGAAAGAAAUCAGCAUACUUAAGAGGAAGGGAGCAGAACUCGAGGAAGAAAACCAGAAAUUGAAACAAGUGGAGAAUUUACCUCAUGCGGUCCAAGAAAUUGUAGGGCAUCAAGGCCAGCCAUCAGAGCCAGUUGCCCUUGUUCACACAUCUAGAAACCCUCGGCCUCAUGGAUACAAUAAUAGCUCUGAUAUUUCCCUCACACUGGGGUUACCUUUCCCUAACUGAUAGAAAGAUUAGAGGGGAUGUUGUGAAGAAAUGAUCAUCUUCCAGCAUGAUGUCUCAUCUUUAAAGGGCCAUUUUUUCCAAGUAAAUAUAGAACACGACUUAUUUAUUUUAAUCUACUUGUGUAUCUAUCUUCUCGAGAUAACUAAUUUUUAUUGAUGAUUAGGGA